CACUCAAUCCAAAGAUUCAUUAAGAGAAUUAAAUGCCAAGCUCUUAGUUGAGAUUUGUGAGCUUAGAAAGAAGGUUGCUGAGGAUGAGGUUGAGAAAACGAAACUAAAACAGAAGCUUAAGGCCAGAACUAAUGAGCUGGAGGAAACUAUAUUACAUUAUUCAGUUGAAAUUGGCAAACUUAACGCCAUAAUUGUGGAACUAGAGAAAAAUAAGACAGUUAUAGCUAAACUCGAGUCUGAAAAUGCAGAGUUUAGAGAUAGGAUCACAAAAGUGGAGCAGAGACAGAUGCUAAGUGAUAAUGUUUCUAAGGUAACCAAUUCUUCCAAUAACAGCUCGUCUAACUUCAAUUUGCUUGCAGAUCAGUUACCUAUGGAAAUGGAUACUUCAUUACCUGAAGAAUUGAUACCAGAAGAGUUACCAGAGCCAGCUAAAAAUAAUGAUGAUGACAUUGAGUUCACUAAAAGUCAGGUUGUAGAGCAAGAAUUAACAAAGGAAUUGCUCAGUGGUAUCAUCUCUGCUCUAUCAAUCUCUUUUGAGACUACAGAACAGAUACCUUCG